AUAUUAACGCCAGGCAGCACAUUUCACAAAAAAGCUUAUCUUAUUCGGAAACAAUUUUCAGCGUCUCUCAUUGCUCUGCUCCUCUCUGCCAUGGCCAAAGUUAGCGUCGACUCCGAAUACCUCAAGGAUGUCGAGAGAGCUCGCCGCGAGCUCCGCGCUCUCAUCUCCAACAAAAAUUGCGCGCCGAUCAUGCUUCGAUUGGCGUGGCAUGACGCGGGGACUUAUGAUGUGAACACGAAGACCGGAGGUCCGAACGGUUCGAUUCGGAAUGAGGAGGAGUACGCUCACGGAGCUAACAGUGGCUUGAAAAUAGCGCUUGAAUUUUGCGAUAUUGGGUGUGGUAAUGGGAAUGCUGCAUGGAUAAAAGCUUAUUUCAAGGAGCUCAUGAACUCUUACAUCUUAAAAGAUAUUUCAGAACAAGUGAAGUCUAAAUGCCCGAAAAUUACAUAUGCCGAUCUCUACCAGCUUGCAGGUGUUGUUGCAGUUGAAGUUACUGGUGGGCCCACAGUCAGUUUUGUUCCUGGUAGAAAGGACUCAAAGAUUUCUCCGAAGGAAGGGCGGCUUCCAGAUGCUAAUAAAGGAGUGCCACAUCUGAAGGAGGUGUUUUAUCGGAUGGGCUUAUCUGAUAAAGACAUUGUAGCACUUUCUGGCGGUCACACCCUGGGAAGGGCACAUCCUGAAAGAUCAGGCUUCGACGGUGCUUGGACUAAAGAGCCACUGAAAUUUGACAAUUCAUAUUUUCAGGAGCUGCUGAAGGGGGAAUCAGAGGGUCUGCUAAAACUCUCCACUGAUCUGGCUUUGCUGGAUGAUCCUGAUUUUAGGCGUUACGUGGAGCUUUAUGCUAAGGAUGAAGAUGCCUUCUUUAGAGACUACGCAGAGUCACACAAAAAGCUUUCUGAAUUAGGUUUCACUCCUCCUGGAGCUAAGACAAUCGUCAAAGAUGGCACUAUAUUAGCACAAAGUGCUUUCGGAGUUGCUGUUGCUGCUGCCGUUGUGAUCGCUGGCUACUUAUAUGAAGCCAGGAAAAGAUGAAGUAGAUUAAGAAAAUAAAAAAUACUAAAACAUGGUUACAUUUUUAUAUUCUCUACUGUGAUAUGAUAAUCAGAGACAGGCAUUGGUCCCUGCCCUCUAGCCGGAUCAUAUAUUUGUAUGUGGAUACAUUUUACCACUUGCUAAAUAUUUGAAAUAACACACUAGAGGUUAUACA